AUGAGAAAGGAGUUUGAGGCACUAUAUGCCAAUAAGACUUGGGAUAUUGUUGAACUUCCUACUAGAAAGAAACACAUUGGGUGCAAGUGGGUCUAUAAAAUAAAAUAUAGAGCAGAUGGGAGUGUAGAAAGGUAUAAAGCAAGCCUUAUAGUUGUUGCUGUCAAGCAGGGUUGGUCUAUGUUUCAACUUGAUGUAAAUAAUGCUUUUUUUCAUGGUGAUUUACAUGAAGAGGUUUAUAUGAAGCUUCCUCAAGGGUCUUCUGGUAACAUUGUGAUCCUUGCUGUGUAUGUAGAUGAUAUCAUCUUAACAGGGAACAAUCUUGUUAAGAUUUCUGCUUUGAAGGAAUUUCUGGACAAUGAGUUUAAAAUAAAAGAUUUGGGUCUGUUACACUAUUUCUUGGGCAUUGAAGUAAAUGCUUCUCCUACUGGUGUUUUCUUAAAUCAAAGAAAGUUUGUCCUGGAUUUACUUAAAGAAUAUAAUUGUUUGGAGGUGACCCAUGUUGUUUCUCCUUUAGAUUUGAAUUUCAAGUUGAAAGCUGAUUCUGGGGAGUUGUUUGAUCAUCCUGAAAGGUACAAGAGUCUGAUUGGUAAACUUCUCUUCUUGACUCAUACUCGACCUGAUCUCUCCUUUGGUGUGCAACAUUUGAGUCAGUUUCUACAAGCUCCCUGGUUGCCUCAUAUGACUGAUGCCCUCAACCUGUUGAGAUACUUGAAAGGCACCAUUGAUGUUGGGCUAUUCUACUCUAACUCGCCUGAUUGUACUCUCACAACAUAUUCUGAUAGUGAUUGGGCAGCUUGCCCUGAUACUCGCAAGUCUGUCUCUGGUUUUUGUGUCUUUUUGGGUGAUUGUUUGGUCUCUUGGAAAUCUAAGAAACAACCUAUUGUUUCAUUCUCCUCCGCUGAGGCAGAAUAUAGGGCACUCAGUAAAUUGGUGGCUGAACUUACUUGGCUCACUAGGCUGCUUCUUGACCUUUUUGUUCAUAUUUCUUAUCCUGUUUCUAUUUUUUGUGACAAUCAGGCUGUCAUUCAUAUUGCUAAGAAUCCGAUGCUUCAUAAGAGUACCAAGCAUAUCGAGGUGGAUUGUCAUUUUAUACGGAAAAAGUUAGCAGAUGGCUUGAUUCAGUUGUUUCAUGUCACCACCUCUAAUCAGCUUGCCGACAUCUUCACUAAGCCUCUUACUGGCAUGCUUCAUCAGUCCUUCUUGUCCAAGUUGAAGGUGUUCUCCCCCUCCAACUUGAAGGGGGGUGUUGGGCUAUCAGAAUAUUUGGCCUUAGGCCCAAUAAGGCAAUCUUAG